AUGGAGGCGGCGGAGCCCGGCGGGGAGCGCGGGGCCGUGGGGCCGGAGCCCUCGGAACCCUCGCAGGACCCCGGUGCGGGGGGGCCGGAGCCCCCCGAGGCCCCGGACCCGGUGUCGGAGCGGGUUUGCCGGGGCGCGGCGCGGGCGCUGGCGGUGCCCGCCGAGCGCUGCGCGGGGGCGGCGCGGGCGCUGCGCGGCAAGGCCGUCUUCUUCCUCCGCCCGCCCGGAGCCGGCCCCGGCCCCGCAGAGCUGCUCUGCGGGGACCUCCCCGCCGACCCCCUGGCGCACUUCGCCGCCCUGCUGGAGGAGGUGAUUGUGCCCAUCCUGACCAACCGCAAGAACCACCAGGGCUGGCCACGAGUGGUGUCACAGGACAUCAUCCAUCAUGUCCACAGCCUAAAAAAAACUGUUUUCAUGGUUGUUGGUCAAGUCAAGGGCAAGACCUUGCUGCCUCUUCCAGCUGGCUCGGAGGGAAUCGAGAACAUUGAUCCUGAAAACGAGAGAUUCCUGGAGCUGGUUGAUAAAUCCCUCGUCCAUGCCACCGAGUCAGCCAUCAUCGACUGGAGCCACCAGAUCCAGAGAGCGCUGAAGAAAGAGUCCUCAGAGCCUCUCCUGCAAGGCAGCAACCCCAACCCGAAGGUGGAACUGGAAUUCUGGAAGAACAGGUGCGAGGAGCUGGAAUGUAUUUACGACCAGCUGAGGUCGAGGAAGGUCAGGAACAUGAUGGAGGUGCUGGAGAGAGUGAAGAGCAUCUAUGUCCCAGCCUUCAAAUCCAUGCUCAGGGACGUUGAGGCAGCUCUGGCUGAAGCUCAGGACAUCCACCUGCACCUGACACCCCUGCAGCGGCCCUUGGAGGACAUAGAGGCUGUGGAGUUCAGCAAGGUGAAGCCUUUCCUGGCCCCUCUGCUCCACAUGGUGUGCUGGAUCUGGGCCACCUGCAAGCACUACAAUGUGGCUGUGAGGAUCAUAGUUCUGCUCCAGGAAAUCUGCAACCUGCUCAUCCAGCAGGCAGUGGUGUACCUGUCUCCAGAGGACCUUCUGAAAGGAGAGAUGGAAGAGAGCCUGGGCAAGGUGCAAACAGUGCUUGACAUCCUGAAUGGCUUCAAAGGGGUGUUUGAGGAGAGACGGGAAAACCUGCACAUGUAUUAUGAGCCAGGCCAGGAAGUGAGGAAGUGGGACUUCCACUCCAGGAUGGUGUUUGCAAGGCUGGACAGCUUCCUGAAGAGGCUGGAGAUGGUGAAGGGUCUCCUGACCACAGCCUUGGACCUGACAAAGCUGGAGAAGAUGGAGUUCAGCGGGAUCAGAGGGAGGGCCCUGGGCCAGCAGGUGCUGGACAUGCAUGAGGAGUUCCAGGAGGCCUACAGGGUGUUUGCAGAGCGAAGCUACGACUGCCUCGACCUGGCCAGCACGGAGUUUGAGCAGGAUGCCUUGGGUUUCCAGCAGAAAGUGGAGGACAUCGACCACCGGCUGAGCACUGUGUUCACCCAGGCCUUUGAUGACACCCUGGACUUGGAGCACGUCUUCAAGUUGCUGACCAUGUUCCAGAGCCUUUUGGAGCGUCCAGUGAUCGCUGCAGUUGCUGCUGACAAAUGGCCUGUUCUCAUCAGCAUGUUCAGCACUGCCCUGGACCACACCAGGCUCAUCUACUGCAGCCACACCCAGGCAGGGCUCAAGCUCGGGUCUCCCCCCCUGCACAAGAACAUGCCCUCCGUGGCUGGAGCGCUGGCCUGGGCUCGGGAGCUGCGAGCGCGGAUCCAGAGGCCUUUUGAUCAGCUCAGGCACAUCCCACACCUGUGCUUGGACUCUGCCCAAGGAAGGAGGGUGGUACAGAAAUAUGAGGAAAUGAUCCAGCUGCUCGACAGGUAUCAGGACAAACUGUAUUUGGACUGGUCCCAGACAGUCUCAGAAAAAUCUCAGUACAACCUGACUCAGCCGCUCAUCCGGCGAGACCCAGAGACCAAACUGAUCACUGUCAACUUUGAUCCCCAGGAAAACCAGAGCCUCUUACUUGCAGACCCAGCAUCUGACUCCUGGAAGGCCUAUGUGGAUUAUGUGGAUGAGAUAGUCCUGGAUGGAUUCUUCACUGCCAUCGAGUGCUCGCUCAAGUACCUCCUGGAGAACACAGGAUGUUAG